AUGAGGCCUUUUUAUUCUGGAUCUGAGAAGAAAACCCACCAGCCCCAUUUUCUUGAUUCUUGUUUUCUUUGCCACAGACAACUGAACCAAAACAGUGAUAUCUACAUGUACAGGCCACGUCACCUUUGGCCAUUUUGCAUCACAACAAACCUCUUCCGCCCGACCUGGCCCGCGCGCUCGGUUAUCUCAGCCAGGUGGGCCAUCCGCCUCCUGGCCGACUCGGUGGGCCCCACGUGCUCUGAGGGCAUAUCCGUCUUUUCACGUUCGUUGUCCGUGUACUCACUCGUCUGGCUCUCGACCCCCGACGAGAGGACCAUUAUGUCCUUGAGUGUCUCGACCACUUGGCUCAUCUUGGGCCGGUCUCGGGCUCUCCUCGCCAGACAGUUGUCCGCCAACCUGGCGAUUGCGCGGGCCCCGCUAAACGAGUACCGGCCCUCGAGCCGCGGGUCCAUGAUAGAACUGAACCUCCGGCUAUUGGUUGGGUAG